AGUUAUGGGUGGUACGCCUUGGAAAAUUCUGGGUAAGUUCAGAGAAACAACAAUAUUUGUGAUCCGGAGCAACUUAUUUGGCUGCUGUGAAAGAUGUCAUCCCCAAUGGGACCUUAUUUCAUGGUGUCGUUGUAAUGAUUAACUAGCAUGCAACCACUCAAAUUAGUUGCCUUACGUUGUGAUUGGACUCAAGUCUCUUCAGCUUUCUGUCAUCAUCUAGAUGUUGCCUUCGAAUUGAAGAAACUUGCAUGUGCACCAGAAUAUUUGGUUAAAUCUUACGUCCAUAUGACUUUGGCAUCUUCACGUAGAUUAAGACUCAAAGGAUGGAUCUGACAGUGAAAGUCAAGCUCAUAUUUACUGCUACUCCCUCACAUACUGUGGCUGACAACAUUGUUCUAGUUUUUAAAAUCAUUAAGGAUGGAUCUGACCUAGUAUAAGGAGUUGCUACACUUUGUGCUGUGGGAUUUGACAGACAAAUGGAGAAAGAUCCUGUGAAGCUAUUGAAUCUUAAAGCCCAGGUUUAUAAAUUGGGCAGAAUGUCAAUGAGGAGCUAGAGAAAUUGAUUUGUCCAACAAUGGGGAACUCAAGAUUCAGACUGUCUCAUGUAAUGCCCAAUGUGUGGUUCUACAAGCUCCGAGACAUGGGCAGGUUAAGAGAGUCCCAGAGAAGACUUCAACGCAGCACAAGUAGUAGAGAUGAGUUCGCCAUUAAUUUGCCCAGAAACAGCUAUCAUUUCAGCAGGAUUCAAAGAGUUAAUGUUCAUCCUGCUCUCAAUCAAAGAGCCUCAGGGGAACAAGCAAUGCAGAAAGCCCAAGUGGUGGACAUUGAACCAGUGAAAAGAAAGGCUGCAAGCAAAGGGAAGAAGAGCAAAAGUGGGUUCUCUAUAGAGUCCCGAAUCUCUGCAAGUUGCAGUUGCGGAGCCACAGUGGAAUCGGUGUCGAAAACAGGGGAAAGAAAUGAGGAAUUCUGGAGCUCAGAUGAACAAGAGGCUGUACAGGACUAUCUCUCCAAAAAAUCUCAAUACAAGAAAAAGAGCUUCUGUACCCAAUUCAUGGACCAAAACCAGUUUGCCCUUGAAUUGGAGUCUAAAAGUGGAAAUUGGAAGCUGCCAGGGCAUCAAUUCAAUGUUGCAGGAUUGCCCAGCCCUGUUCAUGAGGAUUUCUCACAAGUGCAGCCCCUGGAGAAAACAGUUAAGGACAUGAUUGAACUGGUUCGGGACCCAUUUGUGCUAAAUAGCAGUUUUAUCCGUUCCAAUUCAGGAAAUUGCAGGUUGAAUUGUGCAUCAUCCAAAGAAGAGGAAGGCCUUAAGCAAGCCCCGGUAUCUUUUCUUGAUAUAAAUUCUCCAGAUCUGUACAGCAUUUGGGCUACUGACAUGGAAGAGAAACAGAGAUUUCUUCAGUAUUUGGAGGAAUGCAAGCCUUCAAUAACCAGACCAAGGCACGGACAGAAUUCAGAAUAUGGAAUCAAAGAACCAAAGGGCAGUGAGAAAAAAUCUGUCCCUGCUCGGAAAAAGCCUGAUGCAGGAAAAUUGCAGUUUUCCAAUGAUGUGGGCACUCGGGCACUCAAAAAGCAUGGCAAAUCGAGGCCCCAUUUGGGCAAAAAUAACAGCAGAGCUUGUUCACCAAAGCCCAAUGGAAUGGAUUGGAGAAGCAAUAGUUUUGCAGUUGUGAAGUCCUCGUCUGAUCCGCAGAGAGAUUUCAUAGAAUCAAUGGUCGAAAUGAUAAUUGAGAAAAAUAUUCAUUGCUAUGGAGAUCUUCAGCGCCUCCUGGAAUGUUAUCUUUCGUUGAACCCAUCUGAAAAUCAUGACAUGAUUGUGAAGGCUUUUGAACGAGUUAGAUCAGAUUUUAUAGAAAUGUCUUCUUCCCACUAAGUUUCUCAACACAGUAUACUGUAUAGAUUGAUUAAGCUAAGUUAACAAUUUUUUGUCUACAUAUAUAGUUCUGUAAUUCAAGAGUGGAUAUAGAUGAGCUCUGCAAUUCUCCUUCUUUGGUCCAGGGAAGAACAGUGUACUGUAUAGCUGAUAUUAAUGGCGAUAUGUGUAUAUUUACUUUA